GCAGUUGACUUUUAAACGUCGAGCCAGUCGAGAAGAAAUUGCAUCCGACUGGCGCAAUUUGUCUCAGUUAGUCUCAAAAAACCAAAGGAAUGGAGACCAAGAAUUUGGUGAUUAGUUUCGCCAUCCUCUACGUCGUCACAGGCGUCGCCAUAGGCGUUGGUCUCUACUACGCCGGAUACAAUGCCGAUCAUUCGCCCGCUCCCAAAAUGGACGUUUUCCAGCAGCUGCAAAACGAAAUCUCUGCUGUCAACAUCAGUGCCUAUCUCAAACACUUGAGCAGCGUUCCACAUUUAGCCGGAACGGCGCAGGACUACGAGCAGGCCGUCUGGCUUCGCGAUAAUUUUGUCCAAUCCGGGCUGGAUCGGGUCGUCAUUGUCCCUUAUCAAGUUCUCCUUUCUUAUCCCAACAUGACGCAGCCCAACAUUGUCCGCCUGCUGGACGACAAGGGACUGGCCAACAUCACCACUUCCGGCAAGCAGACGCCCAUCAGCCAGCCGGAAGAGUUUUCCGAGUUGGCCGCUCCCAACUUCAACGCCUAUUCCGGCAAGACGGGACUCAUCGAGUCGUACGGACUGGUCUACGCCCAUUACGGGCAGAUGGAAGAUUUCGAGUAUUUGGAAAGCGUUGGCAUCGACGUUUCCGGCAAAAUUGUACUGGCCCGUUAUGGCGCCUCCUUCCGGGCCAACAUUGUCGAUUUGGCCCAGCGCAAAGGAGCCGUCGGCGUUUUGUUGUACUCGGACCCCAAGGAUUUCGCCAAGAAAGGCCGGAACGACAUUUACCCGGACUCGUGGUGGAUGCCCGGAAUGGCCGUCCAAUCGGGCACCGUUUACCUGGGCAACGGAGAUCCGUUGACGCCGUUCUAUCCGGCCGUCGAGAGCGCUUACCGCAUUCCGGAAUCGGAGGCUCCCCUGCCUUCCAUCGCCGUCCAGCCGAUCGGUUACGACGAAGCGGAACUUUUACUCCGGGCCAUGGGCGGUCCGACCGCUCCGGAGCAAUGGAAGGGCGAUCUGGAAGCUGUCUAUUCGCUUGGCCCUGGAUUCAAGUACGGUGACGGAUGGAAACUGGAGAUGAACAUGCAGACAGCCAACAAACUGGUCACCACUUACAACACGAUCGGAAUGCUCUACGGCCAGGAAGAGCCGGACCGCUACGUUCUGGUGGGCAAUCACCGGGACGCUUGGACGCUGGGCGCUCUGGAUCCGUCCAGCGGAACGGCCUGCAUGUUGGAGAUGGCCAGAACAUUUGGCAAAGUCAAACAAGAUUACAAUUGGCGGCCGAGAAGGAGCCUGAUCUUUUGCAGCUGGGGGGCCGAAGAGUACGGACUGAUCGGCUCCUACGAGUGGGUCGAGGAGCACGCCAAAGUAUUAAGCCAAAGGGCCGUGGCUUAUUUGAACGUCGACAUCGCCGUCGAAGGUAAUUAUUCGCUGUGGGGAAGCGGGGCUCCGCUGAUGAACAAAGUCUAUUUGGACAGCUCCAAAAGGAUCGCCAAUCCCAGCGCCGACGAAGUGGUCCAGAAACGCCCUACGGUCUUUGAUACUUGGGUCCAUCGUUACCCGGACGCCAAUUAUCCGGCCAAGCCAAAGGUGAACAUUUUAGGCAGCGGGAGCGAUUACACGGCCUUCAUGCACGUCUUGGGCGUGCCCGCCAUCGACAUCCGAUACACCUACGAGGAGGACAUUGGAUCCUAUCCACUUUACCAUACCCUGUACGAGACCCACCAUUUGCUGGCCGACAUUAUGGACGUCGGAUUCCUUCACCAUCGGGCCGUCACCCAAUUGUGGGCCGAGGUGGCCCGCAAUUUGCUGGAGUCGGUCGUCCUGCCGCUGGACCCCGACUGGUAUGCCACUUACCUGACCGAAGAAGUGGCCGGAAUCCAAUCGCGUUACGGAGCCAAGCUGGAAGCCAAUAAUGCCACGAUGAAUUAUUUCCAGUUGGCCGUGACUCAUUUCGGCGAAGCCGUUAGACAUUUCCAGAACACGACGCUGGCCAAUCUCGAUACCAGCGACGUUUUGGCUGUUCGGAGAGUUAACGAUCAGCUGAUGCAACUGGAACGCCAUUUCAUCGAUCCGCACGGAUUACCCAAUCGGCCAGAGUACAAUCACAUCGUUUUCGCACCGAGUUCCAGCGACAGUUAUUCGAGCAGCAGUUUCUCCGGAUUGACGGAUCUCCUGGAAGCCGUUGGCGAGCAGACGAUCGUCCAGAAGCCGGCCGAGUGGGCCCUGAUCCAGCAACACUUGUCCGUCAUCGCUUUCUACAUCGAAGCGGCCGCCAAAUCCUUAUCCGAUCACAUUUAAUUGCUCCCCCCUUUCAGCAGCCCCUGGAUUUAUUAUUAUACGUCAAGCAACGACGUAUACAUAUACACACAGCACACUUAACAGUCUU